CUCGGUACUUCGAGCUCGCAUCUCAACGAAGUAACUAGCAGAAUCAACGACAACGUUCACCAUGAAGUUCUUCAUUCCUCUGGCUUGCCUCCUGGCAGUACUGUCGCCGACUCUCGGCAAACUGAUCGUCGGCGGGCACCAGUCCACACCACACAGCCGACCCUAUCAGGUGGCACUCUAUGGUAGGAGCAGUGCUGAUUUCCAGUUUUGCGGUGGUACUCUUGUCCACAAACGAUGGGUCGUUUCAGCUGGCCACUGCAAGUCGGGCAAACAUGUCUUCGUAGGUUUAGGACUCCACGAUAGGUACAGUCACAGUGCGGCUGGCCAGCAGAUAAUUAGGGGCACAUGGCAUCGCCAUCCCAACUAUGAUAGCGGCACUGUUGAUAACGACAUCUCCUUGAUCAAACUGAGUAAAGACGCCGACAUCGGCAACGGUAAGAUCGAAGCCAUUCGAAUUUCCAAGACACGGCCUCAUAAAGGGAGGAAACUGCUCGUGAGUGGAUGGGGAACAACAUCAAGUGGAGGGUCAAGUCUAGACCAUCUGAUGGAAGUGGUGGUUAAAGCAACCUCCUUGCAGGAGUGCAGACACGCCUACGGGUCCUCAUCAAUUACAGACAACAUGUUUUGCGCAGCAGCUUUGGGAAAAGACGCCUGCCAGGGUGACAGCGGUGGCCCAAUUGUAAGCCACUUCGGGGCUAGCAGCCACAAUCCUGGCACCACCCUAGAGGGCAUUGCCAGCUGGGGUAUCGCCUGCGCUCAUCCUGAUUAUCCAGGCGUUUAUGUUACCGUCGGUAACUACUGUGACUGGAUCAAGACGACUACUAAAGAUGCCGUCGAGUGUUCAAGUUAGAGAGGGUCCCACCGGUUGCCGAGGGAUGGACGCGCCACUGAUAUGUGCGACUGUGAUCUGAAGGAAACUCUGGUUCAGGGUCUCUCGGCAUUCGAUUACCAUCGUUAGCAAAUAAGACUGCCAGGGUUGAAAUAAGACAUGAAAUAAAACGAACUAUAGUCAAGACAAUUAUGAAACAAAUAGAUGAAAUGAACUAUAAAUAAAUUUACACAGUUAAAGCCUCGUUAUUUCCACCAGAUAUACUUCCAAUUUCUUCAGAAAAUAACUGAAAUAAAAGGGCGUUUCAAGUCAUUGUAAUUAUACAAAGAAUUUGAAUUACAAGACUUUCUGAUUUUUCUUCCGACUGUUCUUACAACAACCUCAGGUGAGACCUCUUUCCGGUCUGCAAAGUGUCUUACUUGGACAAACCUGUGUUGUUUUUAUCAUGACUUCACGAUUGGAUAUAUUACGGACCAGGACCCAAUGCUUGGUGCAUGCGAAAUUAACGUUUUGAUUUGAAUAAAUAGAAACAAACAGAAUGCAUUGUCAAGACUAAA